AUGUUCCAAAACCUCCAGAUACGACCUGCCAAGUCUCAUCGUCGCAAGCCUAGCUUGACCAUCCGAUCGGGUGUCACAAAGCGCCGAAUAUCAGCAGUCUCUGCCGUUACUGCCAACAAUGUGCCAUCCAUAAGUUUCAUGGAAAACCUGUUUGGUGCCGAGUUUCCAGAGGCUUUUGGGAACACCGAUGGACGUCCGGCUGAGAACAAGAAAACCAUCCUGGACCUGCCAUCGGAACUCCUCGAGAUUGUGUGCGAAUACAUAUCAAAGCUAGACAUCAAGCGACUGCGACUCGCAAGCAAGCGUCUAGCCGACAGUGUCUAUCUUAGGAUCGACCGUGUCUUCAUUUCACCAAAUCGAGCUAAUCUGGCCUAUCUGCAUACAAUUCUGGCUCAUCCUAGGUACAAGGGUCGCGUCCAUGAGAUUGUCUUCGAUGGUACGCGACUCGAAGAAUACCCCACGCUCGAGAGCUUCCACAAGGCGAUAGUUUCCAAUGAAAGAGAUACUAGAUCAGCCAUUGCCGAUCGAUUAGACGAGGCGAUUGAGAUUUACGGCAAUGACAGCCCUCAAGCCCGUUUGCUGGAGGAGGAAGGCAUGUACCAAAAUGGAGACGGAUACCUCACCGACAACGUCAAGGAGAUUCUUCUACGGUAUGAGGAUGAUUUCGCGAGAGAUGUGCUUGCUAGAAAUGCGAUAAUGAUGAGCAUCGAAGAUAGUUAUCUGGUCUAUCAAAGCCUGUAUGACCAAGAGCAAGAAAUUGUACAACAGAAUCUGGAUUCAGAAACCCUGCACCGGGCGCUCGCUGGCUUCCCCAAAGUCAAACGAAUCACACUUACGAGCGAAGCGUGGUGGUUGUGGAAUGAGCGGCCUCGAUACAAUACGCCAUUCCAUCGUUCGCUGCCCCCGGGCUUCCGCAAACCACUCGUCUUCUCUGACCGUGACCACCCAGGGCCGGUGAGAAUGCAUUCAGGUUCCUACGGACCACCUCAACCCGAUCAAUCAGUAUGCAGAGGUUAUACAAUCAUCCUGUCCGCUCUACUAUCUAUGGAGGUUCCCAGCAUCGAGGAAUUCGUCAUCGACUCUGAAAACGCGCAAACCGGUAUACCGGAGCAUGUGUUUGACCGCAGAUUAGCUUUCUUCAACGACACGACGCUCAUGUUCCGACGCAUGCCACUCAAGCGCCUUCGACUGUCAUUUAUACCCUGUUAUUGCACCCACGCAACACGCAGUGAACAUGGCCAACCGAACAUCAUCAUCCAGGGUCUACUUGCGGAGCUGAAAGAUCUUGAGCACCUCGACUUGGACAUGCGGGACAUGCGUGUCAACCACGCAAUAGCACCCCUCAUCGACGACCUGGGCAAGGCGAAUCUGAAGACUCUGACCCUGCGAAAUCUUGCCAUGUCAGUCGAUGAGUUCUACGAAUUCCUCAUUGCGCUGGAGAACGUGCAGCACAUCACUUUGUAUCAUGUGACUCAUGCUGGCGGUGAAGCCGUGCACUGGGCCCAUCUCUUCCAACAUUUGAAAGAGUACUACGCGACUUCCAUGCAGGGUACCAAGCCGCAUUACACCAUUGCCGAGCCGAUCCCAUUGGAGGAAAUCGAAGAUUUGUUCGGCACUGCUGUGCGUUUCUCACAACUAAUCGAUGAGGAAGUGGAUGCGUUUUUAUAUGGGGACGCAGAGUGCCCAUUUUUAGACGCUGCUGUAGCUGAGGACGAGCCCAACUCGUUUAAGAAACAUGUUGGGUGGAAAGUGCAUGAUCGGGAUUGGACGAUGAGAGAAAGAAUGACUGAGGUUCGUGGGAGGGAGGGAAUGCUCAAGUGGGAUGAUUGA